AUGGCUGUUAGAAGGGUUUUCCCAUCAAAUUGCGGCCUUCUUCACGGCCGCAUUGGCGACAAAAGUCGUACUGCUCAUCUUAGAACUUCAGAUCUGUGGGACACUGAUGAAGAGCUUCGCUCAAGAACUCUCGAGCGCAAACUUGUUCUUGCGUGGCAGUCAGGAGAAAGGGGCAACCUCCACCGCCACCGCCUCUUAUUUUCUGUGUUCAAAGCUCUGAAAUGGCCUCUUUUACUAACCAUUCUGCCUCGGAUUGCAUUGAUAGGCUUCAAAUUUGCACAGCCAUAUCUCAUGAAAAGAGUCAUUCUAUUCGUACAAGAUGCAUCCUCUGAGGGAGAACGUCAAGGACACAUGCCGGGUGUUGCAUGGGCGUUAGUUCUCGCUACAGGUUUGACAUUUGUCGGAUCUGCUUUAUCCACGGGAUUUUAUCAACACCAGCUAUUUCGCACCAUUACUAUGAUUAGAGGCGCAUUGAUUUCUGUCAUAUCUGUCCAGAGCCUGACUCUCACUGGCACGACUACUCAAUCCUCUGGACCAGCUGUUCUUACGCUCACGGGCCCGGAUGUAAACGCAAUCUGUGCAUCAUUCCACGUCUUCCACGAACUGUGGGCUAAUCCAAUUGAGAUUGGCUUUGCCAUAUACCUUUUGGAGCGCGAGUUAGGCCCUGGGUGCAUCGGGCCAGCGGUGUCUGUCAUCGUUUGCACACUGGCCAUGAGCCAAUUAUCGAAAUACAUUGGCCCGGCAAUGAAAGCGUGGAACAACGCUAUACAAAAUCGAGUGUCAACCACGUCAAAGGUCAUCAGAUCUAUCAAGGAGGUCAAAAUGCUUGGCAUGUCAAAUAAGUGGCUGGCUGACAUACAAGUUCUAAGAGUUAUAGAGCUCAAGAGCUCUAAAUCUUUCCGCUUGUUCAUCACCUACAUGAACGUUCUAGGCAAUACCCCGUCCGCAUUGGCUCCUAUACUCACAUUUGGCAUCGCUAUUGCCGUCUCCAAAAGUGGCACCAACCAGAGGCUCUCAAUUGCAACUGUGUUCACCGCUCGUUCCAUCAUGGGACUGAUCAUCGCACCACUCUCCCGACUUUUGUCUGAGAUGCCCUCUUUUCUGAGCUCCCUUGGCUGCUUUGAGAGAAUUCAAGAGUUUCUUGAGGCUACCCAUGAUGCGGACGGGAACAUGGUGUCCGUUGGCGAGGGACAUGACGUGAUACCAUCUGCAGAUAGCACGAAUAUUGAACUAGCAGAGCAGUGCAGCUUGUACGAACCAGGUAGAUCUAUUUCCCUGGCGGAUGGUGCUUCGUUCGCACCAAAACAAGGAGACGCACCUAUCCUAUACGAAAUUACUCUGAAUGUCGAGCCGGCCUCUCUUACGAUUGUUACUGGCAAGGUUGGCUCCGGCAAAAGUAUGCUUCUGUUGGGCUUACUCGGCGAACUUCACGCGACUGGGUUCGUCUCUAGACAUAUCAGUGGAGCUGGGUACUGUUCGCAGUCAGCGUGGCUCACACACGGAAGCAUCAAGGAGAAUAUUGUUGGUCCAAACACUGAUGAGAUUGAUGAGCUAUGGUAUAGGACUGCUGUUCGGGCCUGUGCGCUGGACAAGGACUUUGCGCAGAUGCCCAACGGAGAUCAGUCUUCUAUCGGAAGUAAUGGAAUUACGCUCAGUGGAGGCCAACGCCACAGAGUUUCACUGGCUCGCGCCUUAUAUUCCAGAAAAAGGAUAGUCUUUGUUGACGACAUCCUCUCCAGCCUCGAUGCAGAAACUCGCGCUUAUGUCUGGACGCAUGUCUUCGGCUCCUCUGGGCUUGCUAAGCAAGGAAAAGUUACCGUUAUACUUGCCACUCAUGACUACAAGAUAGUCAUGCUAGACAAUGGUCGAGUUAAAGCUCAAGGCACUUAUCAUCAGCUGAUAGACAAUGGCCAAUUGACUAAAACAACGGAUGCUCGCUCCUCAAACGUCAAAGGUGCAGAUGGUGACGACUACAAGUCGGCAGCUACUGACGGUCUUGCAUCGGUUGCUGACGAAAACGAAAUGGAGGAUUUGAUGAGGAAGUCUGGGGAUCCAGCGUUAUAUAUCUACUAUUUUCGAUCAAUUGGUUGGGCACUUGGCAUUACUGGACUGGCGAUUGGAAUUCUUCAGCAAUUCUUCCAAGUCUUUCCUCAGAUAUGGCUGAAGUGGUGGGGUGAGGCGAACUCUUCUGGGAGCCAUGUUGAUACAGGCAAAUAUUUCGGCGUUUAUGCCUUCUUCCUAGCUAUGUGCCCCGUUCUCAUUGGAUUUGAAUGCUGGACUACUGGGAUGUAUUGGCGACGCAAUACUUAUCCUCAUGGGCGCCAAACAUUUUAUCUUCGCACGUCUCGUCAACUUCGACUACUGGAUUUACAAGCAAAGGCACCCAUCAUAAAACAACUGCUUGAAACCAUCCAGGGCCUACCAACCAUAAGGGCAUUCAAAUGGCGGACUAUAAUGCAAGAUUCGAUAUUAGAUCUUCUAGACCGAUCGCAACGUCCGCAUUACCUAUUGUACUCGAUUCAGCGGUGGCUCACGUUGGUGCUAGAUUUAUUCGUGGCGGCUUCCGCUGUCAUUCUUGUCGCUCUGGCAGUUUUCACUGGAGCGUCCAGCGCUGGAAGCAUUGGUCUUGCAAUGCUCAACGUAAUUGGCUUCAACUCUGGCCUUGCUGAUCUGAUUUCGUCGUGGACAUCGCUAGAAACAUCUUUAGGUGCCAUUGCACGCCUUCGAGCUUUCGAGAUGACGACACCAUUAGAAACGGUGAAUGAUGACGCGACUGGAAGACGUCCCGCUAAGCCUUGGCCCCCAAAUGGUCAAGUUGAACUGCGAAACGUGACGGCCAGCUAUUCAACGGCCCAACAAGGGCCACCCGUACUUGAAGAUAUCUCCCUGCGCUUUCACGCUGGCGAAAAAGUAGCUAUCUGCGGCAAAACCGGAAGUGGAAAAUCUACCCUGGUAUCGACCUUGUUUCGACUGCUAGAUUACUCGGGUACGAUCGAAGUGGACGGUACUGAUAUUACAGCGAUGCCUCGUGAAGUGCUACGAUCUCAACUUAUAGCUGUUCCGCAAGAACCCGUUCUCUUUGAAGGAAGCUUGCGAUCCAAUUUCGUUACUGAACCCGAGGACGGGAGAUUACGAGGCGGCGAAGAAGUCUUGGACGAGUACACCAUUUCGGUAUUGGAUAAACUGGAGCUUUGGGCCGCCAUAUCUUUGCAUGGUGGAUUAGACACCGACAUUGAAGACCUGUCCCUCUCACACGGACAAAAGCAACUGGUUUGCCUGGCUAGGGCCAUCCUGCGGAAGCAUGUCGGGCGAAUAGUCAUUCUGGACGAAGCUAUGAGCUCGGUUGACGCGCACACUGCGCAAGUCAUGGUUCGAGCUCUCGAAGACGAGUUCAAAGAGCACACCGUAUUUUCUGUUGUUCAUCGGCUUGAUACUAUACGCGACUUUGACACCAUCGUGGUACUUGAUCGUGGUAGAGUCGUGAGAACUGGACCACCACACGAACUUUUGACUAGUGAUUCUCAAUUGAGAAUCUAA